GGUAAAGGUACGAAACUGAAGCUAGCUUAAUAAUUCAUUGUGGCUCAAGUUUCCAAUGACGCUUCAUGAAGGCCCGUUGCUAGUUGGUCGUGAGAGGGAGCAAAAGUUUCUACUUUCCCUUCUAAAUAAAAGAAACCCCUUAUCUACAUGUCUUGUUAUCAGUGGUCCUCCAGGUUGUGGGAAGUCGUCACUGAUUUCUUCAACAUUUAAAGUUCUUGAAGAAUCUUGUGGGAUGCUGUGGGUGCUAGUUAGUUGCUUAGAAAGUUUUGUGGGAACUCAAGGUGUAUGUGGCUCCACACCAUCAAGAUAUUUGCUUGAAUUGAUUUUGCAAUCAAUCAAAUGCCGUUAUCUGCCUACUAGUGAUGUAUGUGUCCGUUGUGAUGAUACUUCCAGUUUUGUGGAUAAUCUAUGUCAAAUCUUGCUAACUAUUGCAGCCGAACGAAAUAAUGGCCCGAUAUCUAUCGGUUUGAUUUUCGAGCAAGCCGAGAAGCUCUGUGAUGGUGAGUCAUUAGUACUCCCACUAAUUGUCGGCCUUGGAUCUAUUGUGAAUGAAAAGUUAUGCUAUACAAAUAGCCUUGACACACCUGUAUUAUUUACUGUACUUGUGACCAGAUUGCCAUGGGAAAAAUUCAAUUUUGGGACAUUUUAUUUUGAGCCUUACGUCAUCCCUAUUGAGAGUUACUCACGUGAACAGCUAACAAGGUUACUUCUUUCUCUGUCACCGGCGGGCGCAUCGGAAUCUCGUUUCAGGCGAUUUGUUGAUCUAUUGCUCACAGUUUGCUUCCCUGUUUGUCGCAAUGCUGGAGAGCUUAUUCACUUAAUGAACAUAAAUUGGCGUGCUUUUGAUGAACCUGUAACUAAAGGUCUAGUCGCUCCAGAUGAUGAAUGGGGUCAGUGGAAAUUGGCUCAACCAUUUCUAAAGAGAUCUCUGGCAACUUUGUAUUUGCGUCAUUAUGCUGAUGCAAGUGUUGAUUCAGUAUCUCCGAAAAAUGCAACGAGACAAGAUUUUCUGGAAUUACCAUAUAUGACAAGAUUUUUGCUUAUAGCUGCGUUCAUUGCUUCGUACAACCCCCGUUCAUCUGAUAAAAAACUAUUGUCUAAGAAUUCUGAACGGUUGAGUGUGCGUAAGAAAAAGCAAGAAAAAGAAGCGCUUAAGAAUCAAACAGAGUUCGCCGGACCUCGAGUUUUUCCCUUAGACCGCUUGAUGGCUAUAUUUUACGCGCUGGUACAAAAUGAGUUUAAAAAAGUACCAUGUACAAGUAUUCUAAUGAGUCAGAUAGCCAGCUUGACAGCUUGUGGUCUUCUGUCACCGAGUUCACAGGCUCUGUCUGUUGGUAAUUCAUCUACUGUUGGACUAGGUACGGUCGGUGGUUCAAUCAAUUCUGCAUCUGAUCUGGACCCAUUGGGUAAUCCGAAAUAUCGUUGUUUAAUCAGUUUGGAAAUGGCCAAAGGUAUAGCACAGUCAGUGGAAUUUGAUUUGUUAGCCCACCUUACAGAGAAUUUUAACAUUUGAGGUGCAUUCAUAUAUGAUUAUUCCGUGUGCCAGUUUCUUUG